AUGGAAUCUGCUAUGCUUGGUCUUGUAGUUGUAAAACUUGGCAGGAUGAUGAUAGAGCAGAUAAAUAAUGAGGCUUCACUUGUUCUUAACUUCAGAAAGGACUUUGAAUGGCUGAGCGAAAAACUUACAAGGAUAAGAAGCUAUCUCAGAGAAGCAGAUCUCCUAAGUGCACACAAUGAGUCCGUGAAAAGAUGGUUGCUGGAUGUUGCAGAGAUUGCUUUGGAUGCAGAGGACAUACUCGACGAAUGUGUUGUUGAUUCUGAAGGUACUGAUAAUGAAAGCCCUCAAUCCUCUUGUGUUUGUGCUUUAAGCUAUUCUCAGUUAGUGUUUCGCUAUAUAAUAGAGAGCGGUUCACAUCCAGUGGCUAUUGAGUCCAAGGUUGAACAAGUCCUCCACCUACUGAAUGACCCUGCCGCUCUUGUCAUUGCCGUCGUUGGUAUGGGCGGCGUCGGGAAGACGUUUCUAAUGCAAAAUUUAUUCAACAAAAUUAAGGGUGAGUUUGAGAAAUCAAUCUGGCUGGCUAUUUCUCAGACAUACUCCCUUACAAAGUUGCAAGCUGCUUUGGCCAUGGAACUAGGUUUGAACGAGGUCGUUAAUGGGAGGGUAGAUGAGGUAAAGGCAGCAGAGCUGAUUCAUGGCCGUUUAGCAAGCAGAAAGUUCCUCAUUGUGCUGGAUGAUGUGUGGAGGGCAACUGAACAAGAGAACUUGGUAUUGGCACUUGACCUUCCAAGGGGGAAUAACUCUGAGAGCGAAAUUGUGGUCACAACACGAAGCAAACAUGUGAGCAGCAACAUGAAUGCUCGUGUUUAUGAGCUGCAACCUUGGUCAAAAGAGGAGAGCUGGACCCUGUUUUGCGCUUUUGCCUUUCAGGGAAAUCGACCGCCACAUAAUCUUGAAGGGAUUGCUUGUCAAGUCGAAGGGGAUUGUGGGAGAUUGCCCUUGGCUGUUAAAACAGUGGCAGCAUCUCUGGCGAACACGACAUUAUCUAGGGAGUGGGAAUUUAAAUUGGAGCAGCUAAGAGCGGAAUCUUCUACCGAGGAUCCAAUUAUGCAGAUUCUCAAGCUAAGUUUUAUGAUUCUCUCCCUGCUAAUCUGA